GGUGCUUCAGAAAGAAUACACAUGCACCGGUAUGGACUAAUCGAACCGUGACCGGACCGGGAGUAGAGGAAGGGGUGACGAACACUUAGAAGAGUCACAUUUUGAAGCGUAAUCAGCACAAAUGUACACAUAAUUAUAACACAUGGCUAUGAAUGAAAGAAAAAACAGAAACGACGCCAAGUGAUGGCCAGCCCCGCCGACCCGGCCGCCUGAUACCGCCGCACCGGAACCCAGCGGAGCCUCCUUGGAUGCGAGGAGCGAGCGCGGUUCCCCUUCUAUGAGGUGAAUGUUGACGACACCAUUGAAAUGUUACCAAAAUCAAGACGAGCUCUGACCAUUCAAGAGAUUGCAACGUUAGCGCGAUCCUCCUUACAUGGUAUUUCCCAGGUAGUGAAGGAUCAUGUGACUAAGCCUACAGCCAUGGCUCAGGGCAGAGUGGCCCACCUCAUCGAGUGGAAGGGGUGGUGUAAGCCCAUGGAUACUCCUGCAGCCCUGGAAUUGGACUUUAAUUCCUACUCGGAUCUUACAGAAGGAGAACAGGAAGCUCGCUUUGCUGCAGGUGUGGCAGAGCAGUUUGCCAUCGCCGAGGCAAAGCUGAGAGCCUGGUCGUCAGUAGAUGGUGAUGAGUCCAAUGAUGACUCAUACGAUGAGGACUUUCUGCCUGCCAACGAGCCCACCACACAGAGCACAGACGUGCCAUCGUAUUCUCCCUACUUAAAGGACCUGAUCCACAACCAGCUUUGUCAACACCUGGGCCUGCGUGGUCUGUGCUGCGAGGGAGGAGACGACGGAGGCCGUGACCGAGUGGGCAGCGGCGAGCCGUCUCCCACGGCGGGCUCGCCAGACACUUUGUGCUCCAGCCUGUGCAGCCUGGACGAGCACCACCCGUUGCUGCGUGACCUGAGUGGCCCCCGUGGCGGCCACCACAGCAACACCGCCGAGCUCGCCGCUAAGAUCCUGUCAGCGCUGCAGGGAGGGGAGGAGCUUCUUCUGGCUCGACUUCAAAGGGUCGGGCAGACAGGGCCCGGUAGGGGGGAUUGUGGAUUCCACACCCUUGGGGGGAAUGGGCGGGGUAUUGGGCCUAUUGGUGGUGGCCAGGCGUUGCCUUCAUACUCCAUGUCUUACUCCGAGACAUACCUAUCCCCUGGGGAGGAUGACGAAACCCCCUGUAAGGACAUGUGCCAGGUGGAGGCCAACGGGGAGGGGUUCCCACCUGAUUAUGACCCCCGUAGGAGGCUGUCUGAUGUUGCUUCAUCUGGAGUUGUUUCGCUUGAUGAGGAUGAGGAGGAGGAAGAAGCCAACCAAUGACUCCUCCCACCUCAGUGCUCAUUGAGGUGCCUCACUUCUACUUUAUUUAUUCAUUUGUCUUUGCCUUACCUCCAAACAAACACCCCUGUCGUUUCGUUUUGCAGUAUUUUCAUCAACUUUAUUUUUUGCAAGCGUCUAAACAAUCUUUUUAUCUGCGUGCAAACACGAGUCGCUCAGUGGAAGCCUUGGGUUUGAUACCCACAGGUCCACCCAGACCUCCAGAAAUGAACAUGAAAAGCAGAAUGACUUAGUCCAGAACCCUUUUUUUCUCUUUGCAUGUAUUUUGCAAGUGCUGACAUUGAUGGUCAGAUCCGAGCACGGUUUGUAAUCUCUUCUGUAUGACCCCCCAAGCCCUCAUCCAGUCCCCCCCCCCCCAAGCAUCUCCACACUGGAGAAGCACACCGACCCUUUGCAAGAGACAAACUACAGCAUCCUUUUAGGCAUGGCUUGCUGAGUAUGCCAAACUAUUUAAUCCUGUCACUACCAAUUACAGUGGAACCUCCAAAGUAGAAAAAGUAGUACCUCUUAGGGUUAACUCCAUGGGAGUGUUUACUUUUUCUUUGGCUUUCUGUUUUUCUUGUAAGCCACCAAAGAGGAACAGUGUUAAGUUAAGUUGACGUCAGCAUGCAAUGGCGGUGUUAACCUGGAUUCUACCACACACAUAAAGCACAAAAAUAACUGUUACUUGUCUUAGUUUGAAAUUGAAAAAAUUCUCAAAAUAAUAGACAGUUAAUGUGCCCUGUUUCUGCAAUUCUUAGUGAUCAUGGCUGCAAAAUAGCCCACAAUGGAGCCAAAGAAAGUUGCAUUGCCAGGAUUUCAAUAAAAGUGAGAAACAUGACUGAAAUAACUUGUCGCAAAACACCGUGGCGGUGUCUUUGUCUAUAAAGGAUGAAAUGUAUUAGGCCUCUCUGGCACUGUUCUUAAGCGGUUCACAUCCUAUCUCAAAUUCAUGGUAAGCUUGCAUACAUGCUCCUCAAAAAUACAAUACAAAAUGUGGUGUGCCCCAAGCAUCAAUUUUAGGCCCCAUUCUUUGUAAUUUAUAUAUGCUACCACUAGGCAGUGUCAUUAGGAGACAUGGGAUAAAUUUUCACAGUUAUGCUGAUGACACACAGCUGUAUAUUUCCAUGUCUCCAGGUGACACAGGUCCACUUGAUACCCUUUUUAAUUGUAUUUCUGACAUCGAAUCUUGGAUGGCAGAAAACUUCCUGCAGCUCAACCAGGAUAAAACUGAAGUUUUUAUCAUCGGUCCUGAGGCCCAAAAUUACAAACACUGUUCCAUUGUUCCACUGUCCCAUCCAAUUAUGUAAAAAAUCUGGGCUUUACAUGUUCUUUUUUAACAUGUAAAGCACGUUGUGCUACAUUCUAUGCAUGAAAAGUGCUCUACAAAUAAAGUUUGAUUGAUUGAUUUAAAUUAUUUCUUAUGGGAAAAAUGUAUUGAGUUCGAGUACAUUUUGGAAAUGUUUUAAUGACUCUAACCAAGGUUAAAUUUUUAUUUUUAAUUUAUGGUAUUUGAUGUUAACAGUUGUUUAACUUCUUAUAGUUUAUGGUUUUUAUGCAUGUUAGCUAAAUCUUUGCAGAAUGGAGGCUUUAUCAAGUCAACUUGUGUCGAACUGAUUGUGUUCGACUUUGGAGGUUCCACUAUCUGAGCAAAUGCUGGAAUGUCUUUAAAGUGACAGGACAUUAAUGUAUUCUAAAAUGACAAUGUUUGGAAAAAAAAAAGAAACAAAUACGGUUUGUCAGAAAUAUGACUGAAAUGAAAUGCUUUUAUUGUACUGUUUUUCUAUCACACAAUAGUUGUUGAUAUUAUAUUCCUAUCGGCAUUAUGAUUGAUGGAUAUUUGCCAUAAUAAUCAACUCUACUGGAAUUCUGUGGAUUCCUGCAUGGAAGACAAGAACUUUUUGAUGUCUUAAACACGCACACACACACACACACACACACACACACACAUACAGCAGCAACAAAACACACAAAACAAAUGACACAUGCUGAAAAAGACAGAAAAGUGAAUGUUUUCUUUUCUUGAAAAGCCGAGGUGGGGAUUUUCUAUAUUUUUGUAUGCGUUGUCUUGCUUUGAUCUCUAUGCCUCCAUGGCGUGCCAGUGUAUGUGGUUUCUUGCACGAAGCUAUAAUGUGGCUGUACAUUUAUCCUUUUCUUCGUUAUCACUGUGUGAUAUAGUCUACUUGGGGGAAAAAAAUGUGAAAACAUAUAUUUUUUAAUUUUUUUUAUUUUAAGUGGAUACUGUGAGGGUUCCCAUACGUUCUAGAAAACCUUGAAAAUGAGAAAAAGGUCCAAUGCGGACAGGUUAAAAUGGCCGUAUCUUCUGGACAACAUGAAGGCAUAGUGCUUCUCUGACAAUCUGAUUGGCUGGUAGCGCCCAUGUGACACUACCAGCCAAUCAGAUUUGCAUUUCCAUUUAGAGUACUUCUAAGCUAACUCUUCAAACACUGAGUUAGCGCCUAGCAUAAGUAGCUAGCAGCUGAAAACGAGUGGGAACUCUGCGCUGUAACACGGUAUUUUACUAUUUGUUAUUAGAAAUAGCUCUUAUUUCCUGACUUUUUGAAAUGCUCGUUUAAAUGCUCUUAAUGACUUCUGAAAAGCUUUGCCUUUGACAAUAUUCUUUCAAGUCUUUGUUGUCAUGUUAGCAAAAGGGCAUGGUUCUGCCAUUCAUGUAGGAGAUCUAUUCAGGUUCUCCCAGAGGGAUCGUCAUUCAUACAACUCAGGAAAUCCCAUCACACCACUGCAUCAGCAUGCAUUACAACACUCACCUCUCCGCCUAUACUUCAUCUUUGUGAGUCUGGGCUUGUGUGUGUGUGAGCGGGAAAGCCUUACAUGCUUGUUUUCUACAAAUAAUUUAAGCACAGACUUGGCCCCAUUGCCCUGGUUUUUGUUGCUUACGGAAUCCUCAAAAUGUGAGUCUAUGUGAGUGUAUGUGUGUGUAUUGUACGAUGUCAGCAAGCUCCUGAAACUUGCAGUUGAAUCCGAAACCCCUCCGAUGCAGCCGUUCCCUUUAAACCAUGUCUGGCAUUGCUGAGCUCUCAUUGGAGGUUGAACUUUUACCGGUGCUGGAGAAUAACGUGUAAUGAGAGCAUGGCGUACACUGGAACCCGUUUAAGUCUACCUUGUUUAUGUCGACAAUCUUUAUGUUGCAACCAGUGAGGUUCAUGGCUGGUGAGGCACCGACUCCUAUUAGUACAGGACCUUGCCUUUUAUAAUUAUACGAAGUACAUGCAAAAAUUUUGGAUUAUUCAUUCAUUUUCUACCAGGGGUGCUGGAGCCUAUCCCAGAUGUCUUCAGGCGAGAGGACUGGUGGCCAGCCAAUCACAGGGCACAUAUACACAAACAACCAUUCACACUCACAUUCAUACCUAUGGACAAUUUGGAGUCGCCAAUUAACCUAGCAUGUUUUUGGAAUGUGGGAGGAAACCGGAGUACCCGGAGAAAACCCACACAUGCACGGGGAGAACAUGCAAACUCCACACAGAGAUGGCCGAGGGUGGAAUUGAACUCUGAUCUCCUAGCUGUGAGGCCUGCAUGCUAACCACUCUAUCGCCGUGCAGCCAGAAAAGAAACAAUGCCGCAAAUUGAAGUAAUAUCCAUUCAUUCAUCUUCUAUGACGCUUAUCCUCGCUGGGGUUGCGGAGGUAUGCCGGAGGCCUGCGCGCUAACCACUUGACCACUGUGCAGCCCGUCUUGUAUUAUAUAAUACAUUAAUUCAUCAAGGCGUAAAAUAUAUUGAAUGCGGUUAAUUUGUUCUUUUCCAGUUGGUGCUGCAGCUGUCAAAAAAGUGCUGGCUUUUCUUUGCGAUGGAAGGACGGCAGUGACAAGCGCCUUCAUACUUGCAUUAAUUUUUAUUCUUCAUCAUAGGUUUCCGCCCUGUAUUUGAUCAGGAAAUGUAGAAAGUCAGUCAUUUUUACAUGAAAAAACGAUGGUAAUAUGAUACAAAUACAUUUAUAACGCAGUUCAAUUAACAACUAUUACAACUUAAUGUCAUCAUUAUCAGUCAUUAGUCAUUGUUUUUUUUUAAAUUUAUUAUUAAAAACCGCCCACCUAAGUUGACAUACAUGGUAGAAAGCUUUUGUCGACAUAACAUUUGACCGACAGGAGUCGUUUCAUGUCGUUUCUAUUCAUGUUGCCGUGUGGUAGCGUUGUAUUUUUAUCGCUCAUGUUUGUGGCUUCAACUAUUCGGCUUAGGACCAAAAAGUAGAUUUUGUCUCAGUUUCCGCCACCAACAAUAAAUACCAGUACAUUUUGCAUCAAUGGAGUAAAACAAUGCCAAAAAACUGCAGUUUGUUACCAGCCAUUCUCCUUAUAUAUUUGGUGAAAGUCACAAGUAAAUGUGCAAUCACUGGCAAUUUUGGCUGAUGUCAACAACUGCUUAUGUCAGCUAAUCUGAUGGGAUUAUUUUAACUGAAACGGGUUCCAGUGCUAGAGUCGUUAGAUUGAGUGCAGACGAUGAGCUGAACACGAGGACGUACAGUAGGUGGAGUUGUAGGGGACAGCAACAACUCAGGGGGAAACACUGAAGCUGUGCCUUUCAUUCGUCACCUUGUCAUCAUGCACAUCGUGUUUUUUUUUAGAAAAAAGAAUGAAAACAAUAUCAGCUGCCUGGGGUGUUAAAAACACCAAAUAUCCUGUUGCAUCUCUUGCAGCUGUAGGACAUCAUUGUCGUUCUUCUGGGUAAAAGUCAUCUGACGUUGGUUUAAACGUGGUGUUGUGAACCAAUCACCGGCCGCCCUUGCUUCUUUCUAUUCGUCAACUGACUUUGCAAUUGACGGCCCAUUCUGUUUGUCUGUCUGAGUGCUCCCCCCACCACGCCCCCUUUGUCCAAGGUGCUGUGUGUGUAUGUGACAUACAGAUAGGAGGGUAUGGUAUGUCGAUACUUUGUAUUUUUUCUGUCUCAUUCAUUAUACAUACACACACUGACAUGCAAGUAUUUGUCCUUACAGUGAACACACACACACACACUCACAUACACACACACACAUACACACCACUUAGACAGCUUGAUGAAUGUCUCCUCUAGCUGUCUCUACCAUUUCCUGCUGCCUCAUCAUCUCCUUUCCUCCCACCCCACUGUUUGCAUCCUUACAUCUCUACCUCCACUCCAUUCUCUAUCUUUGCCCAAAAGCAUCUCAUUGUGCAGGGGUCGGCAACCUUUACUAUCAAAAGAGCCAUUUGACCCCCACGCUAUUGUUUUAAAAACAAUAUCUUAUAAACUUUUGAAAGUUUUAAAUCUUAAUUUGACCAGCAGAAUACAACAAAUUGUUGUUUCUUGUCAUGUGAGAAGCAUAAAUGUAAACCAGAGAAGCCAGAGGAAUCCGUCAUGGAUAGUUUCCCGCGUUGAGAGAAGAUCUGUAACAUCCCAACCAAAGCAGGCAAACACCCGCUUCCCCUCCAUUCCUCGAGCUCAACCAAUCACUAGUCAGAACUCAGCCAGGAUUCAUUCAGGGUCUCACAGAAAAUCUGAUUAAAAAAAAAAAAAUCACGACAAAGAUCCGUAUUUUCCCCAGAGCCACAACAAAGAGGCUAAAGAGCUGCGGGUUGCUGACCCCUGCCAUAGAUAGAUAGAUAGACUCCCUUUAUUGUCAUUGCACAAAAACACAGUGGAACUGUGAGGAUUUUUUUUAACUUUGCUGACAAAAAACUGCCUGCCAUUCUUAAAAAACACCAAAACUUUUUCACCCUUGGUUCUUUGUAUUUAAAUUCAUUAAUUAAUUCAUUCAUUUUCUACCGCUUAUCUUCAAGAGGGUCGCAGGGGGUGCUGGAGCCUAUCCCAGCUGUCUUUGGGCAAGAGAGGCGGGGUACACCCUGGACUGGGGGCCAGCCAAUCACAGGGCACAUAUAGACAAACAACCAUUCACACUCACAUUCAUACCUAUGGACAAUUUGGAGUCGCCAAUUAACCUAGCAUGUUUUUGGAAUGUGGGAGGAAACCGGAGUACCCGGAGAAAACCCACACAUGCACGGGGAGAACAUGCAAACUCCACACAGAGAUGGCCGAGGGUGGAAUUGAACUCUGAUCUCCUAGCUGUGAGGCCUGCAUGCUAACCACUCUAUCGCCGUGCAGCCAGAAAAGAAACAAUGCCGCAAAUUGAAGUAAUAUCCAUUCAUUCAUCUUCUAUGACGCUUAUCCUCGCUGGGGUUGCGGAGGUAUUUAAAUUCUCCUCUUCAAAUAAGUAGAAAUAUAUACAAUCUAAACAUACAAAUUCUACAGAAAAUGUCCUAAACAUUCAUGCUAAAAUGCUAGUUAAUAUAAGGGAGGGCUGAAAAUACCUAGACACCAAAGGCAGAUGCCGAGUAUAUGAAGACCUCAAGCAGAUAAUCUAAGCACAAAUACACAUAGUAUACAAGAGUGCAAUGAUAACCCAUAUUUUCCUGACAAUAUCCUCAUUUACUGUGAUAUUACAUGUCAAUUUGUACUGUAUUUUACUGACACGACUGAAGGAGUAAACAUAACCGUCACCAGCCAUGAUAGGCUGAUCUAGACUUGUGAUAACAGCAGUGAUUUGGAAUUAGAACGGGAGCUUGGUGAAUUCAGACCAAAGCAUCAACAUCUUAGCUUUGUGUUGUAGUUGACACAUCAAAUUAGUGCACAACUGAUUAAUAUGUCUCAUUAUAGAUUGUUUUAUUUUCUUAAAUAUGCAAAAGGCUAAUAAAAUCAUUGCCCUUAAUGGUAUAACAGACUCUUAAUGAAUGAUUUCAGUGGCCACUGCACCACUGACCAGUGAGGUCAGAGAGUGUGACAUUGUGAACAGAAAACGGGGUGGAAAAUGCUCAGCUUCGUUAUCAGAUUAGCACCAAAGUAAGCGGAGUAUAUACUGUAUACUUCAAGUUAUCUUUAAACGUUCCUUAAAAGCAACAUGGGAGGUGAUACAUUUAUUUGUCACAUACUAGCAGGAUCACCUAACUGUCCUUGAGUCUGGCAGGUUUUGCUUUUGAGUGGUUGUCUUUGUAAACGUGUGUGUAUGUGUCUGUGGGUGGGCGGGGUUUAAAUUCUUGCAUCAGGCAAUUUUGUACAUCAGAGACAAGUGUCCUAAAUCCUACGGUAUGUAGGUAUGUAGUGUACUCAUUACUUCUGGUGCAUGUGUGUGUGUGUGUGUGUGUGUGUAUGCUAUAAAAAGACAAGCAAACAUCAAUUAGACAACGUGUCUGCCUUUCAACCUUGGCCUACCUACUUAAAGUGGUCAUAAGAAAAGUGAAUUGUGUCUAGACAGUUUUGGGGUUUUAACUGUGGCAGAAGAAACAAAAAGACAACAAAAACAAACAGGGUGUUAGGAGUCCGAAUUGUACUGUAUCAUUUUCAUCCUCUGACCACACACACACACACACUACCUUCAUCUCCCUCUGAAAUCUCACUUUUUCAUUCUUUGCUUCCUAUUUUGGCUGAAUGUAAUGACAUGAAUAUUUCUACUUUGGAUUUGAUAAUAAUAAUAAUAAUAAUAAUCUUGUUUGUUGCAUCUGCUCUGAUUUCCAGUUAAUAAAAAUAUUAUUGUUCUUUGCAAGAAAUACUGCUGUGAUGUAAUUAUUUUGAUACAUAAUGGAGACCGAUGGUUCACAUAAAGUAGCUGACUCAGCAUGAAUGCCAUUUUGUUGUUCCAGUUGAAGCAAAUAUUCUUUGACCCUUUUUGAGCUACUCAAAUAUCAGCUUGUGGGAUCAGAGAACCACGUAAAAGUGAUAUUGUGAUGGUAUUACAAUCAUAAGGUUGGACACAUUAUGUUUUUAAGUUCAUUAUGCUUGGAGUCCACUGGGCCGCCACCAGUUGGUGCCAGUUCGCGGCAAUGCAAUUUGCUGUGGCACCUAGUGUCACCAAUAAGGUGCCUAGUGGCGUGCAGUGGCUCAAACUGCCUCUCAACUGGCUUGUAGUGGCCUGUAACGGUGGCAAAAAUUGAGUUUGGCGGCAAGAAAAUGUCAAAAUAUUUAAAAUCUUCGUCGCGCCAAUUGCUUGAUGCAAGUGGUGCGAAGUGUCCACCAAAUGGAACCAAAUGUCACAAACAAUCUGCCUAUUGGAAUCCACUGGAAUGUAAUGGCGCGAGCAAAGUUGCGCCAAUGAUGCUAGGAGUUCACUGGGCCGGCGCCAGUUCGCAAGUUUGUCGGCAAGAAAAUGUCAAAAUAUUUAAAAUCUUCGUCGCGCCAAUUGCUUGAUGCAAGUGGUGCUAAGUGUCCGCCAAAUGGAACCAAAUGUCACAAACAAUCUGCCUAUUGGAA